AUGCAGGUCAUCGCAGACACGAUCGACCGAGUCAUUCAGGAUCUUGCUCUUCAGCCAGAUCUACUUGAUACAUUACAACGGCAACGCUAUUUACAAAGUCAUGGAUCACAGGCGCCUUUACUAAAGGAGAAGAAAGUUGCCUUCCCUGACUUUGUUGUGCAACAGAUUGACAGUGCAGGUUGUCAGUGCAAGAUUGGGCUUUUCACAGAGAUCGGACGCGUCUGGCUGAUCUAUGACCAUUGCUUAUUGUUAUGGGAUUUUAUUGGAGGCACCGAUGUAUACAUUCACGAAAGCCUUGAUCAAGAGAUCGUCGAUGUUGGUUUAGCUCCACUCAUGGGCCGUCCAGGCGAUGACCGUAAAUACGCCCUUAUCACUGCCACAUCGCGCCAUAUCAACGUCUUUGAACUAUCCCUACUGCACGGCAAAGUCGUAUUAGCACCACGCAAAUUGAUGCAUGCCGAGACCCACGGUGUGCAUAUGUCUAAUAUUGUCGGAAUGGAAGGUGGAGGGAUUUAUAUGAUUGGCAACGACGGUCAUUUCUACGAACUGGCCUAUGAUCAUGCACGUCCGUCCUCGUCCUGUCAUUUAAUCUGUCAUACCGCAAGCUCUUGGUUAAGCUAUUUUUCUCGAUGGUUGACCAAGGCGCCUGAAGUUCCAAUCGUUUCACUAUCGUGGGAUGAUGAUCGACAUAUCCUGUAUACCUUGAAUAAGCAAUCCGAUAUCGAGCUGUUACGACCCACAGUACGUUCAGGAUCGCAUUUUCGAAGGAUUCAGUUUAGCAAUGCUACAUUGGCUGCUCAAAAAUAUUUUGAAGAGUCAAAACUAGAAUAUACGCAACAGGAUUUGGAAGUGAUUUCACUGCACGCGAUCUCACCCGAGGAAUCGAAGCAAAUACAGCUGCUGGCCGUGACCGCCAACGGAUCGCGCCUUUACUUUAGUGUAAACGAUGACAUUAUCAAACUGAUCUACGUGCAACGACCGCCAAAGUACAGUGUUGCAGGAAAAUUACACACUUGUUUCUAUGGGGAUAACGUGUUCCUUGCCACGGAAUCACGGGACACACACGAUACAUUAUUCGUUAUAUGCUCAGAAAACGAUGCGACAAAACAGAAGCUGUUGGAAUCCAGCGCAAGCGUCGAGAUGGAUGGCACCGUAUGCGCCGUGGCUAGAAGCACCAAGAAACCGUCAUUUGUUGUCUUGACAAAUUAUGGUGUCUCCUUCUACGGCAAACAAACUCCUGUCAGUCGAUUAGAACAGCUAUUCGCUCGCUUCGACUUGGAUGCCGAAACCUACGAAACCUAUAUUGCGGACAUCAUCGACUUUUAUGGCGUAGCAGAAGUCUCCGCAAUGUCCUUAAGCAUCAUCUGCGCUGAUUACCCUCUCUCUGAAAUUGUGAUCAACAAAGCUGUGCAGGUUUUCGUCGAACAGCGUGAACUCAUCGACUCUACAAUGAUUCUCUAUUACUCAAGGACAAUCUCUCCAAUGUGGCGGCUUAAAUUAUUCGAGCAAAAUACUGCCUCAAAUAUGAACAUCAUCCUGAAACGGUUCUCCAAAUUGAGAGAAUUUAUAUCAAGCCGCCCGGAAUUGCAACACAUCUUCCGCCAUCAUGGUGCAUCAGACAACGAGACGGACCCUGGAGACAUUGAAAAACUGUACCCACUUUUGCAAAACACCAUUGGUUUCUUGGCGUUUUUCAUUCUAGUCGUAUCUGUAGGAACGGGUGCUGUAGAAUCAUGCAUACCGGCCACCGUCAAAGACGAUGUUCUCGGGAUGACCAUUGAAAAAUUGCUGCAAGAUAACGAAGGAAAGAAAUUAGCGGAGCAACUUGUUCUUGCUACUAUUGCUGCCCAUGCUCCAUCUGAUGCACACAAUUCUAUCGACACUGUUAGCGAAUUGCUCCAGAAUCAGUGCCAAACUUACUUUGACCCUCUGGAACUGUCGCUAUUCCAGGUUAUCGAAAUCUUGAAUAAAGCGCAUGCGAUCGAAUCCAACGAGAGAAAAUCCGUGCUUCAGCGGGCGCUUACUAUCCUAAAAGACAUUGCGGAUCAGCUAUCCUUUGAACAGUUCCAGAAAUAUUACUCUGAAUUCUGUGAAAUGAACGAUCUUGUCGCCGCCAUUGGAUUUGCUCUGGAAUCAGCUCGAAAGGCAGACCCCGAGGAAUUAGGUUUGAAAUACUAUGAAGAUUCUGAGCCUUUCAACGACAGCCGGGCGAGGUACUACGAAGACCGAUCUCGAUACUAUGAAACUAUUUUUGCGACGUUGAACGACGAUUUCACCACGGUAUUGCCGAUUGUAUUGGGAACAAAUGAUACGCUAUUCCACUACCUCUUAUAUGAAUGGCUUAUCGGCAAUGAGAAAAAGGCAGAAUUACUGCGCUUGAACACACCCUAUCUCAUUCCUUUCCUGCAACGUCAUUUACCACCGAUUGAUAGCUUGGACUGUCUCUGGCGACACCAUCAUAACUUUGGCUAUAACGACCAAGCGGCGUUGUGUCUGGACGAACUUUCACGCACCGACGAUGUUCAUCUGCGUCAACGCAUCGAGUACAUGUCCAUUGCUCUGAAAGAAGGUUUGAUCCUGGACGGGCAGACAAGCGUCAUGAGACGACGAAAAGAAGUUGCCCACAUUCAGUUACAUAUUAUGAACGCCUUGGAUACAACUGAUACUUUACAAAAGACGGCUGCUGACGAACUGAAUACACGACUUGUGGCUACCAGUGAUCUCUUGGAUAAUUAUGCUCGUCGAUUCGACAUUUACAAGGAAGGGCUGAUAUUGAUGAGUAUGGUUGGCAGAAAAGACUGGCCUUAUGUCGCCAAGGCAUGGCGAGGAUUGAUCCAUAAUACAUUAGCCGAGAAAACCUCCACAUUCUCCUUGUUGCAAUCCACCCUCGUGGAACUUACAAAGCAGUUGUAUCCAUCGGAAAAUGUGUUCUCAACCCUUCUCAUUGUACCUAUUCUUGAGGAAUAUUGCUAUCAAAGAGCCGACUGUCCGAAAGAUUUUGCCAUAACUACAUUGCAAGAAGCCGGUAUUUCUCCACUGGUACUGCAAGACGCUUAUCAAAACGCAUUGCGAAUGAAGACGGGCGUCGGUAAAACCGAUCACAAGUAUGAAGCCUACCUAAAAUCAAAAGAGGAAUCAUUAAACACCCUCCUCCUUGCAUAA